AAAGCAGAGCGCUAAAUUCGUGUUCUGGGAGGAGUUAGAGACGAAUUUCUCAAUGUACCGACACACAUUUAUUAUUUGCAAAUGUGAAUCCAUCGAUAACGAGAGUGAAAGAAAAACAUUUGAGGUGCGAAGUUGCGUCCCUCCCUCCAAACUGAAGUAUAGAAAGCCUCUCUGGUUUGCACUGCAAGCAGCGGGCUGAGAGCAAGGACGACGAGGUUAAGGCAGUAGUUUGGGGGUCGUUGGAGUUUAUUAUCUGAUGCUUGGUGUUUUUCUGUGGAUUCGGAGCAGUUCUACAGGUCCCCUUUUGCAAUCCCGGCAGUUUCACAACCACAUCGUUUCGUGAAGCUCGGGACGACGAAGAAGACGCCCGUUGUUUUGGAUUUCGAGCUAAUUGGAACAGGAGGAGAGAGAGCAGAGAAACGGCAUCCUUUGACCUGAAUCCUGAACCGCUUACAAGAACUCAUGGGGCUCGGGGAGGCUUCGGCGAGGGGGACGAGCAUGGAGGGAGACUGCCUCAGCUGCAUCAAGUACCUCAUGUUUGUCUUCAACUUCCUUAUCUUUUUGGGCGGCUCCUUCCUGCUGGGUGUGGGGGUGUGGGUAGUGGUGGACCCCACUGGUUUCAGGGAGAUAGUGGCAGCAAACCCCCUUCUCUUCACAGGAGUCUACAUCAUCCUGGCCAUGGGGGGCAUGCUUUUCCUUCUGGGGUUCCUGGGCUGCUGUGGGGCCAUACGUGAAAACAAGUGUCUGCUGCUUUUUUUCUUUCUGCUGAUCCUCAUUAUAUUCCUGGCAGAGCUGGCGGCUGCAAUUCUUGCCUUCAUCUUCAGGGAACAUCUUACCAGAGAAUACUUUACUAAGGAGCUAAAGAGUCACUAUCAGGGUUACAACAACACAGAUGUCUUCACGUCGACGUGGAACGCCAUUAUGAACACAUUUGACUGCUGUGGCGUGAACAGUCCAGAAGACUUCGAGGAAAGCCUCUUCAGACUCAUAAACCCCAGUGAAGUGGUGCCCGAGGCCUGCUGCCGUAAGAACAGUCACCCUGGAGAUGUGGUGUUCAGUAACAGGGAGGAAUGCCUCUCAGGCAACAUGUUGUACCGCAACAACAAGGGCUGCUAUUCAUCGGUUGUGGACUACUUUGAGAUGUACAUUUAUGUGGCUGGUGCCCUGGCUAUUGUUGUACUCACCAUUGAGCUCUUCGCAAUGGUUUUUGCAAUGUGUUUGUUCAGGGGAAUCCAGUAGAUCACCGAAAGACUUUUUGAAAAAAAAGGACAACCCAACAAAAUAAGACAACUAAACCACUUUUCAAAAGAAUGUUUUACUUCAUUUUAUAUCUUUAAGCGUAUUGAUAAAAAAAUGAACCAUUGACCUGUACUUCACAGCUGGACCUUUGAGGUACAAGGUAACAAAAAUAAAACAGUGACAAAAAUAGAUCAUUCUUUGAAUACUGCGAAUAUUGAAUGGGCUUUUUGUCACAGAGUCCUUGUGUAAUUUUGACCAGGUGUUAAACAAACCAGAUAAACCCCGAAAAAAGAAUGAAGGUGCUGCACUGAUUUUGGAUGAAGAAUAUUUAUACUGAGUAAUGCUGGCCUGUUUGUAUAGACAUUUGUGCUUUUAGUUAAAAAAUAAAAUUUGACCAAACCACUUUUCUCUCCCCAACACAUUACCAGCCUCCUUGAAUGCAAGCUUUCACAAGCACAUUAGCCUAUCUUGGUGUUGUAUAGUCAUGUGAAUUUCAAUUUUUCUGUGUGAGUGCAGCAUUUGAGAUCUGUGUGUGUGUCUGUGGAGAAUGGAUGAACCUCAUCCCUGCUUGAAGACCAGCAUCUUUUUUGUAUUGUGAUGUUUAUUGCCAUAGUAAUUAUAUGUGAUUCUAGCUUAAAUUGAUGUGUAUGCAUUUCUAUUGAGGUAAGACUAACAUUAAAGCAAUCUUUUGCUCUGAUUCUCAGUGUCUGUAAAUAAACUUAACCUUUGGA